CCGCUCUUUCCCCAGUUCCUUUUUUCCGCCGCGCUAGCUGCUUCUAGGAACUUUCGCUUGCUUAUCGGAAUCACUCUCGUUUUUUGACCUUCAGACUGCUUUGACCAUUCUUGCUCUCCCGCCCCUGGUAACUCCUGAAUUUCGGACUGUCUGACUUCGCCUUUGGAUCUUGCCUCAUCUUUUAGGAUGUCUCCUCCGUUCAAGAAAUGCGACAUCUGUAGCGGAAAGGUUCCUGUUCAGGACCCCCAUUCCUCUUGUCUCUUCUGUUUGGGUAAGGAUCAUGACCCCAGGGUUUGCAGCCUCUGUAAGUCCAUGUCCUCCCAAGCCCGCAAGAAUCGGGAGUCGCGGCUGACGUCCGCCAUUGCCCAGGGCAAGAUUAGGGAAGGGGACCCUCGCCCGGCGUCAGCUCCUUCGGCCUCUGCUCCGGCUCUCCAGGCUCGUAGCGGCCCUUCCAGCGCCCCUCCUUCGACUUCCAUGGGUCAAGACGUGGGGAAGACCGACUCUUCUCGUCCACCGGCUCGUGGUGCCGCUUCGAAAGCCCCGAAACAUUCCCGCACAUCGGGAUCAAUCGGGCAGGACACGGCCACAGGCCGUAGAGAGGGAGCCCCUUCCGAGUCAUCGGGGACGUCCCGGGCGGCUCCAGACAAGAAGAGGUCCAAGUCCAAGUCUGGAUCGGACGCCGCUCCGAGGAGCACCGCCUCCGGGGAACCCUCGGCAUCGAGGGGUUCCACUGCCGCCACCGAAGAUCGGGCCGCCACCGAAGAUCGGGCUGGUCGGGCGGCUACCAUCUCGGAGUCCCCAAUCCAGUUCUUCCCGCCGGAUGCGCCUCCUCGUCAUAAGUCGGCCAAGAAGAGGCAGUCAUCGGCUCCAGAGGCGACUGCGUCCUCUUCGGCUAAGAAGCCCAAGCCGACUCCUGACAUUUCACCUUCGAAGAGGCGUGCGGACGACGCUUCCCGCUCCCGUAAACCACACCGGGAGUCCCGCCGUGACCGCUCGCGCUCCGGUUCCCCGGGACGGGUCGACCCUCUGGCUACCCCUCGGGUGGAGAAUCGGCCAUCUACCGUAGACCUUCACCAUUCCCCGGCUGAGGGCCGUGUUCGAGACACCGCUGCCCAGGCUGUGCCAACCCAAACUCAGUCGGCGACGACGCUUCCGUUCCUCCUGUCGGACGAUGAGGAGGUAGAGGAUCAGCCACCGAGGUCUCCUUCUCCGGUGUCCCUGGCUCCACGCUCUCCGACGCACCCGCAAUAUUACUACGACUCGGAGACGGACCAGUUUUUUCUCCCGGUGCCAAAGGAGGUGGUUCUCUCCAAACCUUCCCGAGGUCGGGACCGUCCUCGGGAUUUGGACCAGCCGCGGGCCCAGGGUUACCCUCAUCGCGAAUCCCUCGACCGACCAGGCCCAUCAUCAUCGGCUCCAUCUCGACGUGUGGACGGACCUGUUGAGCGCCCUAGACCGUAUGUUGCGGUGGACUUGCCAAUGUCUGAUUCCGAUCCCGAACCUGCGGAUUCGGAAUACUCCUCAGGGGAUGAUGAUCCAGCACAGAACUCUCCACAGCUUUUACACCAUCCGGAGGCGGCCUCUCCUACGGAUGACGUUAGGUCGUUUCUUGAGCAUGUCAUUAAGAUGUCCAGGGCUCUGGACAUCGACCUCCAGUAUCCCGAGGAGGAAGCUAGAGACCCCCUCGAACGCAGGGUCUGCAGCAGGGCUCAUUCAACGCCCCUGGUCCCCUUUAUGCCAUCCCUGGAAGCCUUGGUCAGACGCUCGUGGGACUGCCCUUCUUCCCUGGUAGGGCCACCUCGCAAGAUCGAGUCCUUAUACAAGGUUUCGGCCCCAACUGCUCCGUGGUUGACCUCCCACCCUCGGCAAAAUUCUGCUAUUGUCGAGGGUGCUCAGCAAACGUCAACCCAGCGACAAGCGGCUGUGCCAUUCGACAAGGAGGCCAAGAAAGUGGAUGCUUUGGCCAGGAAGGCAUACGCAGCUGCAGCCCUGGCGGUGAAGGCAACCAAUUAUACAGCCUGUAUGGGUGCCUAUAUUCAAACUCUUAUGGAAGGAAUCUCCCCCAUCGUGCCCGACAUCCCUGAUGAGGCCCAGCGGACCCUGACGGAGAUUAGAGAUGAAGCCCACUCCAUCGGCGCGUGGCUCAUCACCGCAUCCAGGAACGUGGUGGAGUGUUCAGGCAGGGCCAUGGCGGCUUCCAUCGCCCUAAGAAGGCACGCUUGGCUGCGGGGGUCGGACCUCAACUCCAACGUUCGGUCCACUAUAGAAGACAUGCCGAUUGAUGACUCGGGCCUCUUCCACGCCGAGACAGACGACAAGCUGAACCGAAAGUUCAGGUUGAAGGCGGCGGCGAGGAAACAUGGACCAGUGGUUCGCAACGGUCGACCUCAAGGACGCCCUACUUCCACAUCGGAAUUCGGGAAUCCCACCGGAGGUUCCUCGCCUUCGCCGUCGGCUCCGAUGCCUACCACUACAAUGUGCUUCCUUUCGGACUCGCUACAGCCCCACGGGUCUUCACGAAGUGCAUGGCUCCAGUGGUGGCUUACCUGCACGGGAGGGGCUACAGAGUCUUCCCUUACUUAGACGACUGGUUGUUCGUCGCAGACUCCCAGCACGAACUUCAGGAGGCAAUUGCAUUCGCCACCCGGCUGCUGAACUCUCUCGGAUUGGUGAUCAACAAGGAAAAGUCCCAUUUCACCCCGUCCAGACAGGUGAAAUUCAUCGGAGCCAUUCUCGACUCCAAAAGAUGCUCCGCCUUCCUUCCUGUAGACCGCUUCCAGUCCCUGGUGACAGCGCUGACACCUUGCAUCUCCCACAGAAGGGUGAGAGCCAGAGACGUCCAGGUCGCUCUGGGUCACAUGGCGUCAACGACCUUCGUGACACCGUGGUCGAGACUUCGCCUACGUCCACUCCAGGCUUGGUUCCUGUCGGCCUUCUCCCCGAUGGAGGAUUCUCCAUCCAAGUGGCUGACGGUACCGAGACCGGUGGCCGCCUCCCUCAACUGGUGGCUGGACGACCGAAAUGUGUGCGCUGGGAUGCCCUUUCACCAACCGCAAUCACAGGUGACGCUGACUACGGAUGCUUCUUUAGAAGGCUGGGGCGCCCAUCUCCUCGACCUGGUUGUCAAGGACAAGUGGUCGGACUCGGACAGCCUUCUCCACAUCAACGCCCUCGAGAUGCUUGCAGUCGAAAAGGCCCUGAGAGCGUUCGAAUCCGCUGUGACGGGCAAGGUGGUGCUCUUGAGGACGGACAACACCACCGUGAUGUAUUACAUCAACAAGCAGGGGGGCACCAAGUCAAGGACCCUCCUCGAGAUUACCCUGCGCAUCUGGGACUGGUGCAUACAGAGACAGAUCCUCCUUCAGGCGAUCCACUUGCCAGGGGAGGACAACGACUUGGCAGACCGUUUGAGCAGAUCACCUUCGGUAUGCCACGAGUGGAGGCUCCAUCCCGAGACAGUCAGCGACCUCUUCGAUCGAUGGGGAACCCCCCAGAUCGACCUUUUCGCGACCGGAUGGAACAGCCAUUGUCCCCAGUUCUGUUCCAGGAGGCCAAUGACACGAUCCCUAGGAGACGCAUUUGCCUUCCUGUGGUCGGGGGAGUUCCUUUAUGCCUUUCCCCCCUUCCCUCUCAUCGUCAGGGUUGUCUCCAAGAUGAUGCUGGACCACACGGACGCGAUCCUGAUCACGCCAUGGUGGCCGAGACAGCCCUGGUUUGCACCUCUUCUGCAUCUCUCCAGACGGCACUUCCUUCGUCUCGAGCCUCGCCCAGACCUGCUGUCGAUCCAGGACGGACGGAUUCUCCACCCCGACAU